GAUGACUUUUAGGCGGUCCAUCAAUCUCACUCGAUCAAAUGUCAGUUUUUUCUCUCUCUCAACAUAUUUACAAUAAUAUAUUACUGUUCUAGAGCAGUGGCAGUUGAACGGGCGAUAAGGGAGUACUUUGGUACAACAAAAGAUUAUAAGUUCAGGGGUAAUUUAAUAGCUGAUAAGAGCGUCAAGCGCUACACGUUCGUGUGUAAUACGUCGCUAGUGGUUAGUCGUCCUGUCCGAGUCGACCUGAAGUACCUGCACGGCUCGCCGUGAUGGCCGAAGAGACGAACCAGUUAUUUACUCGCGAGGAGUUGAAGUCGCGUAACAAGCGCACCGACGCCGUGCUCAUCAUCCACAAUGAGGUGUACGACGUGACGCAGUUCCUCGACGAGCAUCCAGGUGGCGAAGAGGUGUUGCUGGAAAAGGCCGGACAGGACGCCUCGGAGCCCUUUGAGGACGUCAGUCACAGCUCCGACGCCAGGUCUUUAAUGAAGAAGUAUAAGAUCGGCGAGCUGGUGGAGGCCGACCGCAAGGCGAGCAAGGCUGCGUAUGCGCCGCAAUGGAGCAACGACCAACCGCAGGAGCAGGGCAACGCGUGGAGCUCGUGGCUGACGCCGCUGCUGCUGGGUAUCGCCGCCACCAUCAUCUACCGGUACCUGUUCGCGUAGUACCGCCACCGCGCUUACCAACACCACCGACCUGACCGCCGCCUCAUCCUUGAAGGCCGGUGCGCACUUCGAGGUUUUCCAUUUCUCCGCUCAGGCUAUUGUAAAUAGCUUUACUUUUAGUCCAGUCGGAUAAUGUGAUGCCUAAGUAUUCAUAAGGGAAACGAUAACUUUCAAUUACACUGUGCACUUUAUUUUACAAGCCGUCACAUUGUUUUACUUUGGUCUGAUUUUUAAAGUCGUAAAAUUUUUUGACUUGUAAUACAACUUGCUAAUAUAAAUGUACUGACACUCCAUGCAUUGUUGUGCGCUUAUAUGUUAAACAAUAUUUUUUUAAACAUUUAUCAGCAUGUGGGAGUACCUAAUAACUUUAAGGAUCGCAAAAGCGACAGCCAAAUCUCAUAUAUUUACCCGCCUCGUCGUAAUAUUAUACAUUUACGGCUCUCCACUUGUACGAAGUUGUGACCGAAACUUGAAUUUGAAAUAAACAAAGCAUUUAUAAUAACUACCAUCUAGUUCUAAUGAAGAAACACACUAUGACUAUGUGAUUGGUUGUAACCUCCAAAAGAGGGCGGUAUAUUCAAAUGAUAAUAAUAGAUCUUAUAUCUGUGAGUGUACUUUGAGCUUGUUGUAGACAUGGGGGCGGUAUGAUUAGAGUUUUAUACUUGUAUAUGGAUAAGUGUUACAAUUAGCUAAUGUGUAUAAGGACUUUGUUAUUUGCAGCAUAUUAUUAUUAUUACAUAAUCUUUAAUAUGGAUACAUAAAUUUUUUAAUUGCCGUUCGAUAAAAUGUCAUAAUAAAUUUACUACAUUUUAUUGAAAAGCAUGCAUGGUAAGGGUUUUUUGGCAGAAGAGUGAAUAGUCUAGGCUAUGCUCUAUCUACCAUACUGAGAUAUGAUAUUUUUAAAGGGGAAAUUAAUUUAUGUAAAGAUAACAAGCCAUGUUUAAUGCAGCCUUUGACUUACCAAUUCGUGGAUGGCACAAUCUGAGAUACUCUUUACUUACCCAGAAACAGUGCACAAACUUAUGUAUAUGGAACUAUAUUUUGAGCCAUGUCUUUUAAUGUACUUAU